AUGCCAUCCGAACUCCCAACCACCGAGCAACGAGGCGAAGAAAUCCUCGAUGUCUUUGCUACUGCAUUUGGCGAGCUCCUCGUCGCAGACCCGGCUGCGUUUCAGGUGAAAUUCCGGAAGAUGGCCGCCUCAGCAUUCGCCUUCUACCGCGGCACGGCAUGUCUUUUCUACCACGACCUCGAACUGCAGCAGAGAGAUGACCCUUUUCUGAACGAGGAGUCCAGCCGAAUCUGGAUUCAUGGUGAUCUCCACGCCGAGAACUUUGGCACCUAUAUGGAUUCUCAAGGCAGACUGAUCUUCAAUGUCAACGACUUUGACGAAGCUUAUGUUGGUCCGUUUGCCUGGGACGUCAAACGUUUCGCUGCUUCUGUUGCCUUGGUUGGGCACGCAAAGGCGCUCAGUGACAAGCAGAUCACUCGACUGGUUCGGACCUAUGCUGCUGCGUACCGAGAGCGUAUCCAUACCCUAGCCACCAGCGAGAACCAAGACCAAGUUCCUCAGUUUACACUGGAGACUGCAAAGGGCCCGCUGCUGGAUGCUCUCCGGGACGCCCGUAUGGAAACACGUGUCGGCCUGCUAGGAACAAUGACGGAGAUCCACGAGUAUGAACGCCGGUUCACCCGUGGAGGCAGCGCAGUUGAGCUUGAUAAGCCAAUACGCGAGAAGGUGGCCGCAGCAUUUAAUAACUACCUUCAGACCUUGCCGGAGCCCAAAACGCAAACCGGUGCAUACCGGGUCAAGGACAUCGUUGGCCGCCGUGGAGUAGGCAUCGGUUCGGCUGGCCUCCCUUCCUAUAAUAUUCUGCUGGAGGGAAAGAGCGAGGCUAUUGAGAAUGACGUGGUCAUAUACAUGAAACAGUCUACAGCUGCAGCGGUCUCCCGGCACGUUACUAACGCCGCUGCGGCCAGUUACUUUCUUCACGAAGGCCACCGGACCGUGAUAUCUCAACAGGCCUUGCAAGCGCACGCAGACCCCUGGCUUGGCUGGACCGAAAUCGACGGCGUCGGCCAGCUCGUCGCAGAGGUAUCUCCGUACGCUGUCGACCUGGACUGGUCCGAUAUUAACGAGGUAGAGGAAAUGGCGUCCGUGGUUGCGGAUCUCGGUAGAGCCACGGCCAUGAUGCACGGAGCAGGGGACAAUGAUAGCAGCCACUCGGAGCUGGUGCCUUUCUCUCCGGAACGGGCAAUUGAUGCUGCGAUUGCGGCUGAUGAGGAGGGAUUCUCGGACACGCUGGUGGAGUUUGCCCAUCGGUACAGCGCCCAGACUCGUCUUGAUCACCAGAUCUUCGUGGAUUUGUUUCGCAACGGGCGCAUUCCUGGUCUGCCAGUUGACGGAGAAGCAUGA